ACCCUAGUCACUUCAUCACCUUCAAACAAAAUUUCUCAUCUUUACCAUCUCUCCCCCAGUUUGCUAAAUCUCAAAAAACCCAAAUCAUGACAUCUUGAAAGUGAUCGAUCAUAUGAAGUAGCUGAAAGUUUCUGGAGUUUCUCAAAUCUCAAUCUGUCUUGAAGCUCGAUAAUAUUGGAGUAGUGUACAUCGAUGAUAUAAAAUUCUUCAGCAAAAGAUGGUCAAGAAAGGAUCCAAAACACGGGUACUAUUUUUCGUAUUAGUGUUUAUAUUCGUGUUCUUUAGCUCGUGGACAUCCAUUAACGGAUAUGAGUUUGAUCUCUUGCUAUCUGUCAAAGCUUCAAUCAAUGAUCCAUUAAAGUCUCUCUCCAACUGGAACUCUUCCCUCCCGUUUUGUCAAUGGAACGGUAUCGUCUGUGAUAAUUCAUCCCAGGUAGCCAAAAUCAAUCUUUCCGGGAAAAAUAUUUCUGGAAAAAUCUCAGCAUCAAUUUUCCAGUUCCCAUAUAUUGAAAACAUCGAUCUUUCGAGUAAUCAGCUAGCCGGUGAAAUUCCAAGGAACAUCUCUUCUUGUUUGUUUCUUAAAUAUCUAAAUCUAAGCAACAACAAUUUAACAGGUCCAGUGCCCAUAGGCUCCAUUCCACGACUCGAGAGGUUGGAUUUAUCAAACAACAUGCUUUACGGGAAAAUCCCAGAAAAUAUUGGUCACUUUUCCGGUCUCAAAUUUCUUGACUUUGGUGGAAAUGUUUUGGGUGGAAGAAUUCCAAAUUCAAUAACCAACAUGACAAGUUUGCAGUUCUUGACUUUGGAUUCAAACCAAUUAGUUGGUGAAAUUCCAAGAGAAUUGGGCUUGAUGAAGAGUUUGAAGUGGAUAUAUUUGGGUUACAACAAUUUCUCUGGCGAAAUUCCGGCAGAGAUCGGCGAUUUAGCUUCAUUGAACCAUGUUGAUCUUGUAUGCAACAAUCUCACCGGAAAAAUCCCAUCUUCUCUCGGCAAUCGCACCAAUCUUCAGUACCUUUUUCUCUACCUCAACAAGCUCAGUGGUUCUAUUCCUCACUCCAUUUUUGGUCUCAAAAGUUUAAUCUCUCUUGAUCUAAGUGAUAACUUUUUAUCUGGUGAAAUUCCUGAACUUGUAAUUCAGUUGCAAAACUUGGAAAUUUUCCAUCUGUUUUCCAACAACUUUUUCGGAAAAAUUCCAAAUGCUUUAGCUUCUCUCCCUCGCCUCCAAGUCCUUCAACUAUGGUCGAACAAGUUUUCCGGUGAGAUUCCAAAGGACCUUGGAAAACUAAACAAUCUCACUGUCUUAGACCUCUCUACUAAUAAACUCACCGGAAAAAUUCCAGAAAACCUUUGCGAAUCCAGAAGUCUUUUCAAGCUCAUCCUCUUCUCCAAUUCCCUUCAAGGUGAAAUACCAAAGAGUUUGAGUCACUGCAAGAGCUUGAAGCGAGUUCGUCUUCAGAACAACCAACUCUCCGGCGAAUUGUCAUCGGAAUUCACAAAACUACCUCUUGUUUACUUCCUUGAUAUCUCAGACAACAAUCUCUCCGGCAGGAUCAGUGGGUGGAAAUGGGACAUGCCGGAACUUCAAAUGCUGAAAUUGGCGAGAAACAAAUUUUCCGGCGAGCUACCUGAGUCGUUUGGUAGUUCAAAGCUCGAAAACAUGGACUUGUCGGAAAAUAAGUUCUCCGGUGGCAUUCCAGUGACUUUUGGGAGCUUCACAGAACUAAUGAUGUUAAAUCUAAGUACAAACAAGCUCUUGGGUACUAUUCCAGAUGAAUUAUGUUCAUGUAAGAAGCUUGUGAGUCUUGAUCUUAGCCAUAAUCAGCUAAGUGGUGAUAUACCCAGAAGUUUAUCUGAAAUGCCUGUUCUUGGUCAGCUUGAUCUGUCAGUGAACCGAUUGUCCGGUGAAAUCCCUGAAGCUUUGGGCACAGUUGAAUCACUUGUUCAAGUGAACAUUUCUCACAACCAUUUCCAUGGAAGUUUACCGUCCACCGGAGCAUUUCUUGCUAUUAACUCAAGUGCAGUCGCCGGAAACAAACUCUGCGGUGGUGAUUCUACAAGUGGUUUACCGUCAUGCAAAGGUGUUAAAAACCCAGUUUGGUGGCUGAUUAUCACUUGUUUUCUCAUCGUCUUGGUGGUGCUUGCACUUGCAGCUUUCUUCAUUGUUUUAAUUCGAAGGAGAAGUGAUUUGGAGCUCAAAAGAGUGGAAAGUGAAGACGGAACAUUAGAACUUCAAUUCUUCGAUUCCAAGGUCUCAAAAUCCAUAACCAUUGAUGAUGUUUUAUCAUUAUCCAGAGAAGAAAAUAGGGUUUCAUUGGGAGGACAAUCAUCAACCAAUAACAUGCAAUUCAUAGCAGAAAAAAUGGAUGAAACCAACAUAAUUCCAAUGGGUUUUUGGACAGAAGUUGCUGAACUAGGUAAGCUUCAACAUCCAAAUAUUGCUAGACUGAUUGCAAUAUGUAAGUCUGAUAAAGGUGGGAUUUUGGUUUAUGAGUACAUUGAGGGGAAGAGUUUGAGUGAAGCUCUUUGUGGCCUGAGUUGGGAACGCCGGCAGAGAAUUGCCGUCGGGGUCGGAAAAGCUCUUCGUUAUCUGCAUUGUCAUUGUUCACCGAGUAUUACAGUAGGUGACCUUUCGCCGGAGAAAAUUGUUGUUGAUAGGAAAGAUGAGCCACGCCUGAGAUUGAGUGUGCCCUGGUUGGUUUGUACGGAUACCAAAAAUUUCAUCUCUCCGGUCUACGUUGCGCCAGAAGCCAGAGAAACCAACCAGAUAACUGAGAAGAGUGACAUCUAUGGUUUUGGUCUCUUGCUAAUAGAAUUACUGACCGGAAGAAGUCCGUCUGACCGGGAGUUCGGUCUGCAUGAGAGCAUUGUUGAAUGGGCUCGUUAUUGCUACUCAGAUUGUCAUCUAGAAAUGUGGGUCGAUCCUAAUAUCAAGGGAAGUGCAAUGAAAUUUCAGAACGACAUCGUCAAGACCAUGAAUCUUGCUCUUCAAUGCACCGCCGGUGAUCCAGCGGCAAGACCAUCCGCGAGGGAUGUAGCUAAAACCCUAGAGUCAGUUGUGAGUUCGAGUUCUUGUGUUUUAGGGUUGAUGUUUUCUUCUUGUACUUAGUACUUUUGGGUUUCUAACUCCAUAUGAUUUUUGUCUAGCUUCUUGAUUUUUUUAUCUUUUUUUUUUUUAUUGCUUUUGUAUGAGAUCCUAAGGAAGUGUUGCUCAAAUGUUUUGUUUGAUGUUAUGUUGACAUGGUAGUGAGUGUAAAAAAUAUAGAUAAAAUUAAAUGCCAAU